ACCCGCUGUAGUGUUAGUAUCCUCCUAACUUGGGAAGGGAGUGUAUGUGUUCGGUAGUGAGCUCUUAGUACAGUUACACGCAAAUACUAUUUUUCACCGUGGAAAUUAUCACACACGGAGUAAAUUCGUGCACUUACAACGGCAGGACCAACAUGACCGGAGAGGAGUCAGGAGAGGUGGUGGAACCUAGGGCUGCAGAUUCGCCUACUGCUGCCGGCAUCCUCUUGCAGUUCGCCGCCCAGGCCUUCUGCAGGGUGCGGGAUGCUUCCUUCAUCCACGUUAACCUGGAUUCCGUCGCUCACAACAUCCAAGUGCUCAAAUCUCUCUCUGGCCCCAACACAGGUAUUAUGGGCGUGGUGAAGGGAGGAGCAUAUGGGAGUGGAAUGAUGAAAGUGGUGGAGGUGUUGGUGGAGGAGGGGGUGAAGGAGCUCUCUGUGGCGAAGGUGGGCGAGGCUGUCUACCUGAGGAAACGCGGCAUCAACCAUCCUAUCACCGUACUGGGUAACCUGUCGACAUUCGAGCUGCCGGAUGUGAUGCAGUACAACCUCAUCCCCUCCCUCAGCUGGACGACGCCUCUCACCUCCGUGCCCCGAGACACCCUUGUCUACCCGGAUGGAUCUCCUCUACGUGUGGCCAUCAACAUCGACACUGGCAUGUCCCGCUAUGGUGUUCAACCUUGUGACCUCCGAGCAAUGGUUCAUACUCUCGAUGACCUUGGUGUUUCUAUAAACUCUAUGUACACACAUCUCCAGGGAAGCAUCACCGAGAAGAAAAAGAACCAGAAACAAAUUGACAUCUUCCUAGAAGCCACAGAACCUUAUAAAGAACGGCCCCUGACCCGGCAUUUGGCAGCCACCACAGGCUGUGUCCAGGACCUCGGUACUCACCUAGACUUUAUCAGACCUGGGGGUGCCAUCACCGGCCUCAGCUCAGGUGCUGAUCGUGAAAGUGCACAGCAGUUUGCUAACUGUGGAUUCCGUCCAGCAUUCUCUGUAGUGGUACGGCCAACUUACUUUAAGCUACUGCCGGCAGGUCGCUUCAUUGGCUAUGAUGCCACUUAUGAAACUCGUGGUGAUGAGUGGAUAGCCAACUUCACCACAGGCUGGUCUGAUGGGCUUAGUCGACGCCUCAGCAAUGGUGUUGGGGCAGUGAAGAGAGUUAAAACAGGUGAGUUAUGCCCAAUUGUGGGCAGGGUGUCUAUGGAUUCCAUCACUGUUCGACUCCCUGAAGCUCCGGGAGAGGAUGAUGUGUUUCAAGUUAUCACUGAUGAUUUUGAUGAUGUUACAUCUGCCGUAGGUAUGGCAAGAAACUUAGGGGCAGCCGUAUAUGAGAUGCCAGGUAAUUGGUCAACUCGCCUGGCCAGAGUGUAUUCCAGGAAUGGCAAAAUUGUCCAUGUAUGUAAUGCUCUCGAGUAUGAAUGUUAAUGAAGAAUGAACUUCUAUAGACACAUACAGUGUAUCUUAUUUGAGUUAAAAUUGUUUCUCUGAGGAUUUGUAAAACAUUUUAGCAAUUAUUGUCAAUAUUAUGUGGCCAAGAUCCUCUUGGUUUAGGUGCAGGGAUGAUUGUAUUAACCUUCAAAUCUAGUUCAGAACUCACCAAGGAGAAUGAUUUGUUUUAUUGAUAUGAAACAUGAAAGAUGCUUUGCUUAAAAUAGGAAUUUUACAAUAUACUUACUUCAAACACUCUCCAAAAAACUAAUCAGUUUCAACUGAACUGGUUCAUUUCGAACUUAUAACAUGGAUAAUUUUUCUUGCACAAAUUAGUUAAACCCCUUCACUGUGGGUACACCACUUAAUACUGUACUGUAUAUUGUAAUGCUGAGGCAUAAUUUGGUAUUACAAUGUUUGUAAACUAGG